AUGAGAUUCAUAAUUUUAGUCUUUUCUUUCAUUAUUAGUACUACUGCUAAACUUGACUAUUUAGCUAUUAACUGUGGACCUAAAUCAUAUGGGAAGUGCUUGAUUUUUUUAACACCAGAUGGAAGAACAUUUAAAGACUAUUUUCUUCCAUGUUUAAAUGGUUUAACUUAUGCAGCACUUGCAAUGGGUACUACAGGUUAUGAAGUAGAUUCUAAAAAAAUUCUCGGACAGGCAAAUAAAGAUAUAGAAGAGGAUGUUACACAAGGAGAUUAUAAAUGUUUUUUGAGAAAUUUAAAUGAUAAAGAAAUUGCUCCAAGAGAUGAUGUACUAGCUGUAUUAAUUGCUGACAUUAAUUCAUAUUUCUUACCUGAUGAAUAUAAAGAUAAAGCCAGACUUUUCGAUGUUAAGGCAAGAGCAAACACAUUAAGAGAUUUUCUUUCUGACUCUUAUUUAAAUAAUCGUUCCGUAACAUUAUGUUUGGCCUCUUCUGAUUUUAAAAGUCUUGGUUGUAUUGAAAAUUCUUCAGAAUCAUGUAUGAUUUUUAUGACUCCUUUAAGUAGUACCUUUAACAAAACAAUACUUGAUUUAGCUGAGCCAAUGACAGCCAUACAAUUGGAUUUUGCAUUAGGAGAUUAUACUAGAAAUACAAGUAAUACAAUUAAAAUAUUAAAUCAAAUUAUAAAAGAAGAAGUUGACCAAAAAAUAAUGAAAGAAAUUACUAAAAGGUUAAAUAUUACAUACAUAAAUCCAACAAAUGUUACAAUAGUAAACGAUUUAAAAGAAGUAAAUGAUUCUGAGGUUAAUACAAUAAAAGGUCCAACAAAUGAAAAAAAUAGUUUAUCAAAACGCUUGAUGGAUUUCAUAACAAGAAAUAAACAAAGAGGUAAAGAGUUUUUUCUUAAAGUUUUUCAUAGAUUUUUAAAUUUUCCUAUUUUUAAAUCUACAACUAAUUCUACCAAUUCUUCAUAUUCAACAAAUAAUGGAAAAUUCAUUUCAAAAUUAAAUAUUAAACUUGGAUCAAGCAAUAAACCAAAAGAACCAUCUAAAACAUCAGCUACAAAGAACUCAGUCGUCAAAUUAGAUGAUCAAAAAUCUAGCAAAUUAUUCAAAUCAACUUUCAAACUUGAUAUUAAGCCAAGAAAUUACAUAUGA